AGGUGGGGUGGGGCCUAUGGGGGCCAUCCUGAGACUUUAUUUGAGGAUCAGAGGGUGCAGGUGGUCCGGUCAGAGAGCAGACCUGCAGCGAUGGCUCAGGUGAAGGCAGCAGGAGACGCAGCAGCGAGGAGCCAGCAGGAGUGUGCAGACGCUUAUUCUGAUAUGAUGACCGUGAGCUCCACUGCAGAUAUCGGAGACUCUGUGAGGAGGGGGCCACUGUGCGAGACCUCCAUGUCUGUGGGCCUCAGCAGCAGGAGGAGCAGGGCCCUCCACCCCUCCCCCGCCCGGAGACGACACCGCACCUCCUUCAGCCACAAACAGCUGGAGCAGCUGGAGGGAGCGUUCACUCAGAACCAGUACCCCGACAUCUACUACAGAGAGGAGCUGGCCCGGGUCACCAAGCUCAACGAGGCCCGCAUACAGGUGUGGUUUCAGAACAGACGAGCCAAACAGAGGAAGCAGGAGCGCGCCUCGCAGAAACUCCUCCCAAUGGGUAUGAUGGGAGGCCACAGGGGGCUUCUAGGAGGCGUUCACAUCCAGCAGUCAAGCAUGAGUCGACAGUUUUACCCCCAACCCCUCGCUCACCUCCCCUGCCUCCCCCCUAUGAUACCCUCUGGGCCGUACCCUCAGUGCCCCUGCCCCGGCAGCGUCCCUCCAGCAGCAGCAGCCCCGCGGCAGCAUGAGGACUGGUACAGCCCGCUGAGGACCAACAUCCAGUCCUCCAUGUUCUCCCUGCAGCCUCUGGAGCCCCCCCCUCACUGGAGCUAA